AUUAAUAAAAUUAAACACAUAAAUAGCGAGGAAAAUAAAACACAACUGACAUUUUUCAUUUUGAGAAGCUGCUUUACUAAUUACUCAGCUCUCAACUACUCUCUUUUUUGUUAUAUUCAUUCAUUCUAUCUUCAGAGAAGGAAGGGGAAAUUGAAGUGAGAAAGAUCAGAAAAAGAUGUGUUCCUCGGUAGGCAUAGGGAAGGGAAUACUGAUAAGGAGUACACCAGAUGUUUGCAGUAAUAACAAUAAGAAGAAGAGGGAGCUACUGUUCUAUGGGAAAAGAAGCACCAGCAGAGGAGUAGUGCUGUGGCAGGAGGAGUUGCAGUUGUUGUGCUUUGGAUCCAACUCAUCAUCAUCAUCAACAGGAUCAUCACGUUACCCUGCAAUACGUGGACAAGUUAUCCUUACCCCACCCACAACCAAAAAGCGUGUAUUCACAUUUGGCAAGGGCAGAAGUGAAGGAAACAAGGCCAUGAAAUCCUUGUUGGGAGGAAAGGGGGCAAACCUGGCAGAAAUGGCAACCAUUGGAUUGUCAGUUCCUCCGGGACUAACGAUAUCAACGGAAGCUUGUCAAGAAUAUCAGCACAAUGGCAAGAAGUUACCUGAUGGCCUCUGGGAUGAGAUACUUGAAGGCCUCACUUUUGUGGAAGCAGAGAUGGCGGCCUCUCUUGGGAAUCCUUCUAGACCUCUCCUCCUCUCUGUCCGCUCUGGCGCUGCAAUUUCCAUGCCUGGAAUGAUGGACACAGUUCUCAAUCUUGGACUCAAUGAUGAAGUCGUUGCUGGCUUGGCUGCAAAGAGUGGAGAGCGCUUUGCUUACGAUUCAUAUAGACGAUUCUUAGACAUGUUUGGAGAUGUUGUUUUGGGCAUUCCACAUUCGUUGUUUGAGGAGAAGUUAGAAAAUCUAAAGAACAAAAAAGGUGCCAAACUUGACACUGAUCUAACAGCAUCUGAUCUCAAAGAUCUGGUUGAGCAGUACAAGAAUGUCUACCUUGAAGCCAAUGGAGAAAAUUUUCCCUCAGACCCGAAGAAGCAGCUCGAGCUAGCCGUGAAAGCUGUUUUCAAUUCUUGGGAUAGCCCAAGGGCUAUUAAGUACAGGAGCAUUAAUCAAAUAAAUGGACUAAAGGGAACUGCUGUGAACAUUCAAACUAUGGUGUUUGGUAACAUGGGGACGACUUCUGGAACUGGUGUCUUGUUCACUAGAAAUCCAAGUACUGGAGAAAAGAAACUCUAUGGAGAGUUUCUGAUUAAUGCUCAGGGAGAGGAUGUAGUUGCUGGAAUCAGGACACCUGAAGAUUUGGAGACUAUGAAAAAUUGCAUGCCCGAAGCAUACAAGGAACUUGAGGAGAAUUGCAAAAUUCUGGAGAAGCACUACAAGGAUAUGAUGGAUAUUGAGUUCACAGUUCAAGAAAAUAGGUUGUGGAUGUUGCAAUGUCGAAGUGGAAAGCGUACUGGCAAAGGUGCUGUUAAAAUAGCUGUAGACAUGGUUAAUGAAGGGCUUGUUGAUAUUCGGUCUGCAAUCAAGAUGGUAGAGCCAAGGCAUCUUGAUCAGCUUCUCCACCCACAAUUUGAGGAUCCAUCUGCUUACAAGGACAACGUGAUAGCUACCGGCUUACCUGCAUCCCCUGGAGCUGCAAUUGGAGUUUCAUUCCUAUUUUAUUUAUUCAAGGUGAGGACAGAGACAAGUCCAGAGGAUGUAGGGGGUAUGCAUGCAGCUUCUGGAAUCUUGACAGCUAGAGGUGGUAUGACAUCUCAUGCUGCCGUUGUAGCUCGCGGAUGGGGAAAGUGUUGUGUGUCUGGCUGCUCUGAUGUCCUCGUAAAUGAUAUUGAGAAGGUUGUUGUAAUUGGUGAUACAGUGAUUCCGGAAGGUGAAUGGAUAUCACUGAAUGGAUCCACCGGUGAGGUGAUACUAGGUAAGCAGCCACUUUCGCCUCCGGCACUAAGUGAUGACCUUGCAACCUUCAUGUCUUGGGCUGAUGAAAUAAGGCAUCUGAAGGUAAUGGCAAAUGCUGACACACCGGAAGAUGCAUUAACAGCAAGACAGAAUGGUGCUCAGGGAAUUGGACUAUGCAGGACAGAACACAUGUUUUUUGCUUCGGACGAGAGGAUAAAGGCUGUGAGAAUGAUGAUAAUGGCCAUCACACCGGAACAAAGGAAAGCUGCACUUGACCUUUUGCUACCUUAUCAAAGAUCAGAUUUCGAGGGAAUUUUCCGAGCAAUGGAUGGUCUCCCGGUGACAAUCCGAUUGUUGGAUCCUCCGCUUCAUGAGUUUCUUCCGGAGGGUGACUUGGAGCACAUUGUCAGUGAGCUAACUUCUGAGACAGGCAUGAAGGAAGAAGAAAUCUUCUCUAGGAUUGAAAAACUCUCAGAAGUGAAUCCCAUGCUUGGUUUUCGUGGCUGCAGGCUGGGAAUAUCAUAUCCUGAAUUAACUGAGAUGCAGGCACGUGCAGUCUUCCAAGCUGCUGUUUCAGUGAGUAACCAUGGCAUUAAAGUCCUUCCUGAGAUAAUGGUUCCACUUAUUGGUACACCUCAGGAAUUAAGGCAUCAAGUGAGUUUAAUAAGGAAUGUUGCUGAGAAAGUUUUCUCUGAGAUGGGUUCCUCUUUAAGCUACAAGGUUGGAACAAUGAUUGAAGUUCCCAGAGCUGCACUAGUUGCAGAUGAGAUUGCUGAUGAAGCUGAGUUCUUUUCAUUUGGAACCAAUGACCUUACCCAAAUGACAUUUGGGUACAGUAGAGAUGAUGUUGGAAAAUUUCUUCCGAUUUACCUAUCAAGCGGCAUUCUGCAGAGUGAUCCAUUUGAGGUACUUGACCAAAAAGGAGUGGGUCAACUCAUCAAGCUUUGCACAGAAAAGGGUCGUGCUGUCAGACCAAACUUAAAGGUUGGAAUAUGUGGAGAGCAUGGUGGGGAGCCAUCUUCUGUUGCAUUCUUUGCUCAAAUUGGUCUUGACUAUGUCUCAUGCUCUCCUUUUAGGGUUCCAAUUGCUAGGCUUGCAGCAGCUCAAGUUGCAGUUUAAGAAAUUUGUUAAUCUGGUUUAAGAGAGGGUUGAAUGGCUAACUUUCAGGGCAUGACUCUCUUAUAACUGUAAAUAAUUGUUAUUUAUUGUUUAUAAUAGUGAAUAAGUCCAUGUACAUCAAAAAUGGAUAUCUGUAUAUGAGGUCAGAUAAAAUGGCCACUGACAUACAUAUAGAAGUAGAAAGAAAAAGGAAAUAUGUUUUUGAAAAACGAAAAAGAAUGAGAGAAACAUUGUGUACAAAGAUUCUCACAAGUUACAACAAUGUUUCUCUCAGAAUUUGAUUGCAAAAUGUGCCUACAAUAUAUUUGGUGCACAAGACAAUAGUACUGACAAAUAGCUAUAUGUUGUCAAAAAAUAAGUGAUUCUGUGAAAUUCUUGUACAUGUUCGACUGUAUCCAUACUAAUAAAAUCUCUGAUAAAUUCUUGUGUA